GGCGGAUCGUCCCCCGGCCUCCCUGUAUGUGAGAGACGGGGCCGGCGUCUCGGAGGGAGCCGGGCCGCGGGAGGAGCGGAGGCUUCGGGGGAGCGCUUCCUUCCCAGCGCCGUGCGCGGCAGCCCCAGCAUGGAAGCCAUCGCCAAGUACGACUUCAAAGCCACGGCGGAUGACGAGCUGAGCUUCAAACGGGGGGACAUUCUUAAGGUUUUGAAUGAAGAAUGCGAUCAGAAUUGGUACAAGGCAGAACUCAAUGGAAAAGACGGCUUCAUUCCCAAGAACUACAUAGAAAUGAAACCACAUCCGUGGUUUUUUGGAAAGAUUCCCCGAGCGAAGGCUGAAGAGAUGUUAGGCAAACAGAGACACGAUGGUGCCUUCCUCAUCAGGGAGAGUGAGAGCGCUCCUGGGGACUUCUCCCUCUCAGUCAAGUUUGGAAAUGAUGUGCAGCACUUCAAGGUGCUUAGAGAUGGGGCUGGCAAGUAUUUCCUCUGGGUGGUGAAGUUCAAUUCUUUGAACGAGCUGGUAGAUUAUCACAGAUCCACAUCUGUCUCCAGGAACCAGCAAAUAUUUCUCCGGGACAUUGAACAGGUGCCACAGCAACCAACGUACGUUCAGGCCCUGUUUGAUUUUGAUCCCCAGGAGGAAGGAGAGCUGGGCUUCCGCCGGGGAGACUUUAUCCAAGUCCUUGACAAUUCUGACCCCAACUGGUGGAAGGGAGCCUGCCACGGACAGACGGGCAUGUUUCCACGCAACUAUGUGACCCCAGUGAACCGGAACAUCUAGAGAUAAAAUAUUAGAGAUUAUUUAAAGAAACCAGAGAAACAGUAAAUACACAUACAGAGCCUAACUGCAGCCAGUGACCUAAAAUCACACGGCGGUAAAACCUGAGUCACCUUUCACCGUGAGGUGAUCCUCCUUCACUCAGUACGGAACUUCAGGGGCCGGGGGGGAAAGAGUUCAACUUACACACCAAAACUUAUCUUUAAACAAAAAAAAAAAAAAAAAAAACAAAAAAAGAGAACAAAAAAAAAGAGAGAGAGAAAAAAAAAAGAGAAAAUAACAAAUUUCCUCAGCUGCUCCUGGGUUACCCCUUUUCAUUCACUCUUCUUGUUUCCCCGUCCUCCUCUAUCCAUCAGUGCAUGAAGUUUUAAUGCCAUAUAAAGUCCUAGCCAUGCAGUUAAAGGAAAAGGGAGAAACUCUGCUGGUAUUUUCUCUCUCUGCAAACGGUCUUCAUUUGACAUGAAGGGACAUGAGAGAAGAACCAAAUCCACAGUCCUGCCUUUAAAAAAAAACAAAAA